GGUGUUGACCAACACUGGCUAACGGUAACCAACACUUACUCAUGGGUUCACAGGACGUGUAAGAUAGCUAUCUGGAAGUGACCAAUGGUCAACGCCAGACACUGAUGAGGAUAUCUAAUGUUGGAAGUGCUUGAUCACCACAGUCAUCUCACUCAUCUGUCAAAGAUUUGACAACAGUCUUUGGAAUACAUACUGAACUUAAGAUAUUUCCUGUGAAAUUUAAUACGCAAUACAUUUCUGGAAAAGUUAUUUAAACUUGAAGCAACUUAAGUUACAUUACUUUUCCAAUACAUGGAUAACUUUAUGAGAACUGGAUGGAUUAAAUGUGUUAGAUACAGAUAAAGCAUUGAGAAGAUUUUAUUGUUUCCCGUUUCCAAAUUACAGAAGUCAUUCAAACUGGAAUAAGUGGAGCUACAACAAAGAAUGGCGGACAUGGCAUCCUUGCCUCCUGCUGGCGUGGAAGAAAUAGAAGUCCAGAUUGAAGAUGCGGAAAAUGUUGAGAACAACAAUUUAUCAGUCCCACCAUCUGAGCCAAUUGAAACUAAUGUCAAGGUCAUCAGUGCCAAGGUUACAGAUUCAAAGAAGGAAGAGGUCAAUGGUACUGUGUGUGGAGAUGUGAAAGUCAAUGGUGUCACUAAUGGCGAUGUUAAAGUCAAUGGUGUCAUGACUGGUGGAGAGGUCAAUGGUGUCAUGACUGGUGGAGAGGUCAAUGGUACUGUGAUUGGAGAUACCAAUAUCACCAGUACCAGUAAUGGCAAUGUUAAAGUCAAUGGUGUUACUAACAGUGAUGCCAGUGUCAUGGCUGGUGGAGAGGUCAAUGGUAUUAGUGCAGCAGAAGUCAAGGUCAAAGAUACAACUCUGGCAGAGGUCAAGGUCAAUGGGUCCCCUAAAAGUAUAAUAGCCGAGAAAGAAUCUGUGCCAAAAAGAAGUGGUAUUGAUGACCUGCUGCCAGCCACAGCAAAGUUCACAACCCGGAGAGAGGAUGCGAUCCAGCUACGAAUGGAUGACACAGGACCGGGGGCCAUGAAACCUCUAACUGUUCCAACAGUCUUCAAAAACACUGCAGACAAGGCUCCUAAUGCUACAGCACUAGGUGUAAAGAGAGAUGGAGCCUGGGUAAAGUGGACAUACAAACAAUACUAUAAUGAUGUCCGCCGGGUAGCUAAGGCUUUUAUAAAG